AACUUCUGUACAAAGUGGCACCAAAAAAGACGGCGCUGUGACCCUGCGGAACUAGGCGGACCGGUCAGGCAACGGCUGACGAUGUGCUAACGAGCUAGCUGGGAGCUAUCGCUGUCUAGUGUGUGUGAGGUGGAGGUGAUUUAUGUAUGACAUAGACCCAUAUUCCAGUAUAUAUUGCAUUUUAUUUUAAGUCAGCCACCUACGUGAUUUAAUUAUGCCUAGCAAGAAGAAGAAAUACAACGCCAGAUUCCCUCCGGCACGGAUUAAGAAGAUUAUGCAGACGGAUGAAGAAAUAGGCAAAGUGGCUGCAGCAGUACCUGUUAUUAUUUCGAGAGCCCUGGAGCUUUUUUUGGAAUCAUUGCUUACAAAGGCCUGUCAAGUCACCCAGUCUAGGAAUGCAAAGACGAUGACAACAUCGCAUCUAAAGCAGUGUAUUGAGCUGGAGCAACAGUUUGAUUUCUUGAAAGACCUAGUUGCCACGGUACCGGACAUGCAGGGCGAGGGGGAUGAGAACCACACGGAGGGGGGAGGAGAAAAAAUACCACGCAGGGGAAGAAAACCUGGGUCUGGUCGUAAAAAUGGUGGAGCUGGCUCCAAAAGCAAGGACAAGAAGUUGUCCGGUACAGAGUCUGAGCAAGAGGACGACUCUGAAGAAAGCGAGACUGAUGGGGACGAGGAGGACGGCUCUCAGUCCAGCACAAAUCAGCAGACCGCAUCCAAGUUCCACAGCUCAAACGCGCCCCCCCAGUACAUGCAAAUGGGCAGCAUGGCUCCCGCACAGCCAGAGGGCGGUAUGGCCUUCGCACCGCCUCCCCCUGCCCCCGGGCCACACAAAAACGAGGAGGACGACGACGACGACGAAGACUAUGACUCUUAGCUCCCUCCUCUUCCUCCCACACACACAGACACACGUACCCCUUCCCACAUUAUUUUCAAUUUGCUUUCAAGUUGUUGCGGCGGCGGCUGCUUCUUGCAGAGGAGGGAAAGACUCUUCAUCACCCCGGAUGCAAAAAGACGCCAUUGCAGGACUCACAAAACUGGUUGUACAUUGUGUUUUAAUUUUAUUUCCUUUUUUAAAAAAGACGUUUUUUUUCGUCGAAUGAGGAUGUUUUUUAAUGAGUCAGUUCAAUUUUGACUAUAAAAAAAAAAUGGCAGUCACUCUUUUUGCCGUGAGGCCCCCGCAGACCGGAUAGGUGUAGUUUGUGUUGCUUUGUAGCUUUUUUUUCUUCUUCUUUUGGCACUUUUCUUUCUUCCCCAUUCAUUCACUAUAGACUCACGAAGGGAACAAACAAGUUGGAAAAUGUCUCCUGUUAGUGGCAGAGCGGGCCGUGAGCCGGCCUCUGAUACUCACUCGCAGGCUGGGAGGAGUUCCAUUGCCUGGAAGUAGUGCCGUUGGGACGUGUACUUCCCGGCUUUGUCUGUCAAAUCAGUCCGGCUGUAACAUAAACAAGGAAGCAGGUGUAUUUUUACUGAAGGUUAGCUAAACCACAGCUUUCUGGAACUGGUUUUCUACUUUUAAUUCACGUUUUUAUCAAGAGAACUAUAAACCUCUACGACCACAGCCAUGAAGUCAACCAUAUCAGCGGUUUAAUCAUUACAUCUACACUUCUUUUUGUUUUUCACAUUGUCAGGGGUCAGUUGCUCUGGCAGUUGGCUUUUGUAU